AAAGUCCCAAACCUUGUUCCGGAAGUGAAGUGGAGCAGUAACAGUAACGCGUGGUUCAAUUUGACUGUCGAUAUAUCAGAAUUUAGAUUAUUUUUAAGUUAUUUUAGGAUCCUGGCAAGAUUUAGAGACACAUUCGCAACUAUAAAGACUUCCUUUAUUCAAAGCUGGCUUGGAAAGUGAACACUGAUCAUGUCACAGGCCACAAAACGCAAGCACGUCGUCAAGGAAGUUCUUGGAGACUUUGUCGUGCCAACGGAGAACCAGCAGAUUGUGAAGGUGACUGGUAGCCGUGGUAACAACCUCCAUGAAGCUGUCACAGCUCAGGGCGAGAUGUUCUUGGUGAGCAUGCCCACAAAAUUCCGCAAGAACAUUUGGAUCAAAAGAGGUGACUAUGUGAUCGUGGAUCCGAUUGAAGAAGGGGAGAAGGUGAAGGCGGAAAUCAGUUCCAUUCUGUACAAAGAUCACAUCAUGUACCUGCAAGAAAGUCAUCUGUGGCCCGUAGGCUUCGUGAUUGAAAACAAGGUCAUCGAACAGAAAGACAAAGUAAAUAACAAAGAGGGGAAAGACCACGAGGAGUCCAGCACUAGCAACUCUGAUGACAAUGAGGAUGAUUUGUUUGUCAACACCAACCGCUGUACUUACCAGUACAGUGAGAGUGAAGAUGAUGAGGACAGUGAUGCUCAAGAAGACGAUGACACAAAGCGAUAGCGGGAGCACGAGACUCAUGUUGGGACAAUUCCAUUUUUUUUGUCAUCCUUCAACCUAUUCCUUCAUAUUGCAGCUGCUGGACACUUAAACAGCUGACCUUAUUCUAGCAUGAAAUCAGUGGUGCAGGGGCACCCACUUUUGUAUCUCCUGAAAGUAAAAAAAAAAAAAUCAUAUUUUCUCAAAUUAAUGACAAUUCAUCUGAUUGUAUAUUGUUUGUAUGCUCAUAAACUAUACUUUGACAUUA